AUGCCGUCUGCCCUGGAACGGCUCCCCAACGAGCUGCUGGAUCACAUCAUCUCGUACCUGGCGACAGAGCCACCCUCGCGGGCUCGACAUCAUCAGCCCCCGACCCGCCAUUUCACUUGGUCCAGGACCAGGGAUCUCAAGCACCUGGCACAGACCUCGUCUCAGUUUCUGGAUCUUGUGCGACCCCGGCUCUUCACCCAUGCAUGUCUGGAGCUGGAGGAUGAAUUUAAUUUCCUCGCCUUCAUCCUACGAUCCGGUCUUCGUCGUUACGUGACCUCCCUUGUGGCCAUUACAAUAAAUGCAUCGGCCGAUCCAACCGAUCAGGGCUGGUGGCGCCGGGUCCUCCGUUAUCUGGACCCGGCUUGUGUGACAGUCCUAGCGCCGCCGACAUUCAUCGGCAAUAUGCUGAACACUCCGAUCAUGGAUGGCCAUAGCUGGGCGUUUGAUAUCAAGCUGCAGGUAUUGCAGUUGGAGCGACACAAUCCACUUCCCCACUCGGAAAAGCCGCUGGACUUGGAGAAUUGUAAAAGCUUGCUUGACACACACCAAUGGACAUCCAUGUCCUUUAACGAGUCAUCCUCCCUCAAAGCCUACAAUCACUACGAGUACUUUCUUUCACGAGUCCCCUCCGUAAUUGGGGAGUGGGGAAUGCAACUUGCGCCCCAGGAGCCUCCGUCCUUGGAUCUACCGGCAACCCUCCAUGGAUUAACAUAUUUCUCCUAUACGGCCGUGUUCCCUUUUUACAACCACGUCAAGCUCGUGCUCGAUGCACUUGCCAGUAUGCCAGAAUUGCGUGUGCUGGAGAUGCAGUUAGCUCCCGAUGCGGACAACCAUAUUACCGAGACCGAGCAACGCGGAUCCAUGGAUCCUAAUGAUCCUUGGAUGGAGCUUGCAACCUCAUAUUCCCUGAUAGGAUUCGAAGUAAAUGCAAAGCACUCCCUGGUAGAGUUUAGGAGUGGAGACUUUCAUCUCGACGCUAUACGCUCCGAACUAUCUCAGAUUCUGGAGGAUUCUCUGGGCGAAUCGGGCUGGAAGCAUGAUGAACACAGUGUUUGGAAACGAAUCACGUCACGUAUAUAA